GUGUGUCUUCAUAAGUUAAGCAUGAUUAGAAUGAACCGCUUAACUAACACGAACUACGUAAUAAUGUGGUUCAUCAUUCACAGACACUACUCAACAUCGAAGCAUUUCUAUAUAGCUUUAUAAUAUUGACCAGUCAGUGUUUGACAGAGGCACCUGUCCUCUCUCUCCUGUUUGAUUACAUUUACGUCAGUUUCAUGUUUUUAUGAAUUUCUAGCCGCGAUGGAUUACCUGCUGCAGGUAAAAGUAGGAGCUUUGGUUGGGCUGCUGGUCCUAACUUUGAUUUUUGGUUUCAUCCCAGCGCGGAUGAGAUGGUUUCAAGCCUCUAGUGGAACAGAAUCCCACAAGGCUGUGCUGAGUUUUGUGGGCUGCUUUGCGGGUGGCGUCUUCCUAUCCGCCUGCUUGUUAGACAUCAUCCCAAACUACCUCUCCGACAUACACGAAGAGCUAAAAAAACAAGGCCUUGAUGGUGGCUUCCCGCUAGCAGAGUUCAUCAUGGCGUGUGGCUUCUUCACAGUCUUGAUCUUAGAAAAAACAGUCCUGAGCUGCACAGAGGGCCACGGAGAUGAGGAGACGGCUCCUCUUUUAGCUCCCGCGGGUCAUGGACAUCAUUCGCUGAACAGUCUGGAGGGGAGCGGUCACCACACCCACAUGGAUCUUAACUCGCACUCGUCCUUUCGCUCCUUCGUGCUCUUUCUGUCUCUUUCUCUCCACUCUGUGUUUGAGGGUUUGGCCAUUGGCUUGCAGACCACAGAAACUAAGGUCCUGGAGAUCUGCAUCGCUAUCCUGGUCCACAAGAGCAUCAUUGUGUUCAGUCUGUCAGUGAAGCUGGUUCAGAGUGAGGUCAGGCCCAUGUGGGUGGCGAUCUACGUGACCUUCUUCGCUGUGAUGUCUCCUCUCGGCAUUGGCAUCGGCAUCACAGUGAUUGAGUCUAAGCUGCAGGCUGGCACUUUCAUCCAGGCGGUGCUGGAGGGGCUGGCGGCCGGGACGUUUGUCUACAUCACCUUCCUAGAGAUUCUUCCCCAUGAGCUGAACUCCCCUGAGCGGCCUCUACUCAAAGUUUUCUUCCUCCUGUUCGGUUUUUCAGUAAUGGUUGGUCUGAGUUUCCUGGGCUGAAAAAAAAAAGUUUCUUUUAUUAUUUUUUUUGUGCUAUGUCCAGAAAACUGGUGCCUUGAGGAAAUCACACUCUGUGAGACUUCACAAACUGCACGUGAUUUCAAGCAGAUGAAAAGCUUGUUUUUUAGAGGAACUGAAUUUUACAAGCACCAAGAAGCUUAUUUUUUUAAAAGCUCACGAGAUCAUUAAUCAAUUUUAAAUGACUUUCAUAAAGGGAAAAAAUAUAAAUUUUGCUGACCAAACUUUAGCUUUGAGGAACAUGUCUAACACGCAAGUGGAAACUUAAACAAAUAUUUUUUACUUGAACUAGUUUUAGCUUUUUUUAAACUAGUCACAUCAGCAAAAUGGUUUCCAUGCCACUUCAGUGUUUCCUGUUUGACUUGCAUAACACUAUCCAUUUAUUCAUGAUUAAUUUUUAUACAUUAUGAACAUUGACUGCAAUAUUUCUUCAUGUUACAUACAGUCAUUUAGUAUUGGUUGUUCCCCUUUACAUGCCAUAUUUCCUUUCAGUUUAGGAAAAUUCAAUGGGCAGCCAAAUGUUUGUACUGAACAGUUUGGACACAUGGUUAUAUGUGACCCUGGAGCACAAAACCAGUCUUAAGUCGCUGGGGUAUAUUUUUAGCAAUAGCCAAAAAAACAUUGUAUGGGUGAAAAUUAUCGAUUUUUCUUUUAUGCCAAAAAUCAUUAGGAUAUUAAGUAAAGAUCAUGUUCCAUGAAGAUAUUUUGUACAUUUCCUACUGUAAAUAUAUCAAAACUUUAUUUUGAUUAGUAAUCUGCAUGGCUAAGAAUUAAUUUGGACAACU